AUGAGUCUCUUCGACUCCCAAGCUGUUAAGUUCCACAAUCAGCUUGAAAGUAUGCGAGUUGAUCCACGGGUUGUUGUUGCAACCAGCAUGAACCCCAAAUUGGUGGGAGGAAACAGCUGCAAGGGGGAGUCACUUUUACAGGUUGGUAUCAGAAAAUAUUGGGCUUACAUCAGCAUGGAUGAACUCAGUGAUUUUGUCAUCACUGCUCCAUCGCAGACAAGUGAUGGUACUAUGCUUCCUGCUCAAGCUAUGCCAAGAAACUUCAAUGCACUGUCUCAUGUUUCACGUGUGUUCCUUGCAAAAAUACAAGCGCAGAGGCAGAAUUAA